ACACCGAGGAGGCUACACACGCCCCUGUCACUCCGGAGCGUGUUGAAACGCGAAACAAUGUCGGCAAUGAUGAUGCCAGCGCCUCGGCAGAGUCCUUGGAAAAUACCCAGGCUUCCAUGGUAGAACAAGACACUAUGAAAGAGGUCGCUCAUGCGCCUGCGAGCAAGGAGGUAAAUGAGAAUGACGACAACAUUAGUCAGACCACUUCGUUCUGUUCCGAGGCUUCUGGGGGAAGAUCCAAGAGGUCCAAACACAGGAAGAACAAGAAGAAUGGCCAGCAGAGAAUAAACCAGGCUGACAACUCGGAGAAGCGUGCUGGCGAGCCUUUUGAUGCGGUCAAGAGCCACCCACCGCGAGAUGCUGCUGAGGCAGAUGCAGGCAAGCCUGCCGAGGACCAGACGUGUUCAGCUUCCGGAAAGCAGCCUGACAUUGCUGCUACGGCAACCGUUGACAAUCCUCGAACCCGGAAGGAGGUUAACCGGUCUGUAAACGAUAACGAGCCCGUCUCUCCCACUUCCCACCUUGGUCAGCGGAAGAACAACCGAUUCCCAAAGGGCAAGAAGGAGACGAGCUUGCUGCAUAGAGCUUCCGUCAAUAAUCUGAAGAAUGCGGCAGCGGCUGCUGGUGUCACAAACCCGUCAUCUGCCCCGGCAGCUCCUGGGCAGCGAGAAAGCGACAACUCCGAAACCCACGAGCGCCCGCUCGAGACUAGUGGCCCCCCACGGCGCUCGACACCUUCGGAGUGCGAGAGCACCACGGAGACCUGGUACACUUCCAAGUCACGGCAGACCAGCUGCGACUCUCAGGAUUUACCGUCCAGAUCGGCCACUGCUGGUACCGGAAAUGCCGCUGGUGUCGCCUCGCCCAACAAGACGGGAGAAGCCAGUGAACAUGUCGCAGCUGAGCCCGUCUCCUCCUCCAAAAGGGCUGUGAGCAUGAAUCCCCGAUCGCGGAACGUUUCUGUGGCUAUACCCUACAAUCUGUUCGGCAGAGGGCAAGCCCAAUCUCGAUCUUCAGAAAGUACUGAGUCAUCGGCUUCGUCUCAGACGAUUACACCUAGUUCUUCGCCCAUCAAAAAAGACGAAUCCCCUCCGUUGGAUAAGAAGCCGCUUCCUGCGGUUUGGCCAACUCCAACGCACGCCAUUCCCUCGUCGACCGUAGCGACCUCGGCUCAGACAGGUGCUUCUCGGCAGGACGACGUCACCACUCAGGGCGACACCAGCCUCACUGAGCCUCCAGCCAGCACGGCGGGGGGAAGUCCCGAGAAGAACGGCGCAGGUGCCAGCCGUAACAACAGCGAAGACGAGUUCCCUUCCCCGCAGGCAGCCAGGGAGGGCGCGGAUCUCCACUGUCGGAAGUUGGCACGGCGUGGGCAGGAUCGGAGCGGGUGCAGACCAUGAGCAGACGCUCCUCCACUAAGAAAUCCGCAGACGGUACCGCGGGGCAGGUGACUUCUUCUGCUCAUACGAGUCCUACGAAAAAGACGAGUGGGGUUGUCGAGUCUGCUUCUCGGGCCGGUUCUCCUGUCAAGUCGGGAUCGAAGAAGAAGAAUCAUGGCAAGGAGGGCGAAGAUGGCAGCCAGUAAAAUGAUAUUCGAGUUGUGGGCGAAGGAAACACAAAGAAGGGUGAUGGUGGUGGGAGGAUGGCUAAUGGUAAGCUGGAGUUUUCAUUUUCAGAAGAGAGAAAGAGAGUGAGAGAACGGAAAACAAACCCGGAGCCAAGGCUUAUCCGGUAACUCGUAGCUAGGGGAUCGGAAGCGUUAGCACAAGUGAGAUAAGUGAGUACAGCUACCUGAGGUGGUCUAGCUAGGAGAUAACGCUUUAUGUGAAGGAUUUGGCCGAGCUUUGAGACGUUCCAUGUUACGAG